AUGUUAAAUGGAAGCCAUAGCCCUUUUAAUGCACUUGAAAAAAAUUAAACCAUAAACAAAAUUUACGAACCGUCACGUUUGACACAUGACUGUUAUUGCCAGAAGUUUGAUAAUUUUCACAACUUGCUUGAAAUAUUUUACUUGUUGGGAUAAAUGAAAUGAAACACAUUUACUAGUAAAAGCUUUCUAUAAUGCAUUUUUAACAUCAAAUUAAAAUAAAACCUUAUCAUAUACUCUAAAUUUUCGAACAUUCUUUAUGGUUUAAAAAAUAUCGUAAAUUUUUAUAUAUCAGCGUAACGUGAAAUUAUCGGAAUUCUCCCGGUAAGUAUCCGUCAAUAGUCUGGAAACCCCGCAGCUGACUUUUUAUGUUGAAUGCAAGAGAAAUAUUGAAUUCUACGUUUUAUACUUAUAAAUAAACAAUUUAAUUCACAAUUCGACGUAGUCAAAUGAGUAUAGUCGUCAUCUGUGCAUGCGGCAGCAUGCGUUGCUGCCGCGCGUUCCCGUACAUCCGUCGGCCGAGCUGUCACUUUUAAUCGGGGCUUCUGGUGGAGUUUAUGAAUAAUAACAGGAUAUUACUAUGAUAAUAUGGCCGUGCAGUCGGACUCCGGCGGGAAGGAUGACGUGAAGACGCAGUUCGUGACGCGGGAGGGCACGUACCGCCUGAUGACGCUGUCGGAGUACUCGCGGCCCAACCGGGUCGGGUACACGAGCGGGUCGGGCUCCUCUCACGUGCGCGUGUCGCUGGUGUCGCUGCCGCCGGGCCCGGGCGCCGCUCCGGGCUCGGACGGGCCACCCUCGGACGACAGGAUAUGCUUCAAUCACGGCAAGGAGCUCUAUGUGUAUGUGUACAGAGGAGUUAAGAAGGCAGCUGACCUGACAAAACCAGUGGACAAGAAGAUGUAUAAAGGCACGAACCCCACUUGCCACGACUUCAACACAGUUACAAUGGCUCCGGACAGUGUGGCACUGGUCAUCGGCUUCAGCACUGGACAGAUACAGCUCAUAGAUCCUAUCAAGAAAGAAUUAAGUAAAUUGUAUAAUGAAGAGAGACUGAUCGAUAAAACCCGGGUGACGUGUAUCAAAUGGGUCCCCGGCUCUAGCAACCUGUUCAUAACGGCCCACGCCUCCGGGCAACUGUAUGUUUACAACGAGGAAUUAACUUGCGGAACUACGGCGCCUCAUUAUCAGCUUUUCAAGCAGGGCGACGGUUAUUCAAUACACACGUGUAGAACUAAAUCGACGAGGAAUCCGCUGUACAGGUGGGUGAUCGGCGCCGAGGGCAGCUGCAUAAACGAGUUCGCGUUCUCGCCCUGCGGGACGAACUUGGCCGUCGUCUCCCAAGACGGCUUCCUCAGGGUAUUCCACUACGAUACUAUGGAGCUGAUCGGGAGGGCGAGGUCGUACUUCGGAGGUUUUUUAUGCGCGUGCUGGUCGCCCGACGGCAAGUACGUCGUGGUCGGGGGGGAGGACGACCUGGUCACGGUCUGGUCGUUCGGCGAGCGGCGGGUGGUCGCGCGCGGGCAGGGCCACCGCUCGUGGGUGUCCGUCGUCGCCUUCGACCCGUACGUCGUCAGCUUCGCCGACCCCGAGACCGAGGAGCCCGAGGAGAGACCGAAGAGCGACUUACAGUGCUACAGGUUAGGCAGCGUGUCCCAGGACACGCAGCUGUGCCUGUGGGACCUGACGGAGGACGUGCUGCGGCCGCCGCGCGCGCGCGCGUCCGCGCACCUGUCGCCCGGCGCGCCCGCGCUCUCGCCCAACGGCGUGCCGGCCAAGCCGCCCGCCAAGUGCGCCAAGACCAACAAGAUCGGCCACAAGCACGCCGAGCUGAGCAACGCCGCCGGCGAGCCCUCCGGCGCCAAGUCCAAAGCCAAGGCCAACAACGUGUCCACCCUGAACAUAAGCGUCGGCAAAGCCAAGGAGGAGACGGGGGUCAAUUCUUUAACGCAGCGGUUGGCCGGGUUCUCUUUCGGCGAGCGCCGCUCCGAGCACCGGCGGAAUUUCAGCCUGACGUCGAAACCGGAGCAGAAGGGCGCGUCGAACGCGGUCGCGAUGCGCGGGAAGUCGGCCGACUCGGGCGACCCCGUGAAGCUGAUCGGCACGCCGUCGUGCCCGCGCUUCGACGAGUGCCCCGUGCUGGAGCCUCUGGUGUGCAAGAAGAUCGCGCACGAGCGGCUGACGGCGCUGCAGUUCCGCGCGGAGUGCCUGGUGACGGCGUGCGCGGACGGCUGCGUCAACACGUGGGCGCGCCCGGCGCGCGGCCGGCCCGGCGAGGCGCGCGCGCACCGCAGGUUCGAGCGCAUCGACCGAGUCGACUAUCGCCCUAAGAAUAGGCGCCGGGGAUCCGCCGAGGCCCUGCUUCAUUGACGGCGCCUCCGACUCUUGAGGUUCUUUUC